CACGGAGAGUGGAAGCUCCGUAGUAGGGUGCUACCAGUGGAAAGCGGGAAAGUAGGAAAGCUCCUACCUCCGGCAGCCACGGUUCACUUCGGCUUCGCCAGCCGUGGAAGCGACAUCGCCAUUUGUUAUCUGUUCCCGCUUUAAUGAUAACACGCUUCGCCCAAUGGAACAGUGCUUUUGGCAAUAUCCGAUAACGCGGAGUCAUCGCGAAUAUUAUAAUAUGGGAAUAAGACAAAUUUAAGAAUUUUCGUAAAAUUUUCACUGUGUAAGGAAUACUGAAAUUUUAGUGAGAACAUUUUUUUUGUUUUUUUUUAAAAUUUUUUUUUUUUGGAGGGAAGGGGGAACUUACGGAUAUGAGUCUUUCGACUCUGUAUCUACGUCCGGAUGUUAGUUUGAAAUAUUGUUUUAUAAUAAAAAAUAAUCGCUGCGAUAUCGUUACUCUGCCGGAUAUUAAAUUUAGAAAAUAACGAUUUAUGUUAUCACGACGUGUUUCGUAAUCGGUAACGUUGGAAGGAGUGAGACAUGUGGAAAAGUGUGUUUUCCAAUUGAGACAGUGCUUUACGUCGUGCUAAACCGAAAGUUACGUUAUUUAUGUAAAUAUAAUUAAAAUUUUAUAAAAUUUAUUCGCAUGAUGUGACGGUAAUCAGUUGAUAAUAAUAACAAUAAUUAGUAAUCCAUUAACGAUAAGAACCAACGAUUGUUUAAUGAUAUGAUUAAAAAUGAAAAAAUUCUCUCGAAUUACCACCAUAAAGACUAGCGAAGACUCGGAUAAUUAAAAAACACCAUAAAAGCCGCAAGUAAUAAAGUCGAGUUUUCAUAAGAGAAAAUCGCCCGACGCGAUGUUACGACACGAAAGCAGUAUAACGAACGUGGAGAAAAAAAGGCAGGUUGCAUUGACAAUCGUAUAAAGUGAAGAAUAAAAAUAUCCGCUAAAAUCCACCAAAAUACAACAGUGCGUAUUUCUAUGUAACGUCGGAUGGUAUCAAUGAUAAAAUAAAAGCCAUCGUUACACGGUGCAUCAACUCCCAACGUUUCGUAACGCCUGUGUCACGGAAUAUCGACAUCAGUGGAAGCGGCUUUAGUCCGCAUAACAACGAGCGACAUCGAACCCAGGGUCGCCGCGACGCCGCUAAAUUGAAAAUGAACUUUUUAAAAAAUUUGAAAAAAAAAAUCCUCUCCUUGGCAUCGCGACGCUCGGCGUCGCCCUGAUCAAAACACAGUGUCGAGCCUCCUUCAUACGUGUUACACGAAUGAAGCGCGACGAAAAUUUCAGUGAAUACGCGACCUUAAUAAAUUGCAACCGUCACGAGGUAACCGAAGCCCGUAGAGAACGUCAAAGUGCAUGUGCAAUAUCUUAAGGACUAUAGGCGCUGCAACCUAUUCUACAGCCGAUAAUCGAUAUACAUGCAAUAGGAGACUGCACCUAUGGAAAAACAAUAAUCCAGCAUCCAAGAAAAGUAUACGAAAAUAAUCUUAAAGAAGGUGCUCCCCUUAAGGCAGUGCUUCCGAACGAGGGAACCGAUGAGGAAUUUACAAAAUUUCCACUUCUAACUUGGUGCAAUGCUCCUGGAACGAAGAUUUAUCUUGAUUUUACGAGGCAGGGGUUAUCAGCUAUAAAGAUAAAUCGGGCAAUGACGUCCGGCAGCUGACCGACCACUACGUUUCUACAAAAGUUUCACAAAUUAAAGAGAGCGACCAAACGGAAAGCGUAGUCCACAUGAAAAUGGCCUCAGGGCCAUUUCCCAAGGUGAACCUCCUGUUGCACACGAAAAAAUGUUAUUUGUCAUCCGAUGUCCCCCUGAAGCAUGCCCGUCAACGAAAAGCGUACGAGUCUGAUUCGAGAGUACAAUCAGUCGGAUACUCACCGCCUUCAGCAAGCGCAUCGUUAACAGGAAUCCGCAUUGAUUCACCUCGGAUAGGAGCGUUCCCAUAUGCGGAACGUUCAAAAGGCAGCCGAUGCAAGAAGAGCGAUGAAUCCAACGAAGAAAAUAAAAUCGAUCUUGACCUACCGAAACUGAGUGCAAAGUUCAACCGGUAAAAGAAGAAACAGUGAUAAGUGAUGUUAUUAGACCAAAAGUGGAAGAGAGUCCAGUGAAUCGAAAAAAAAAAAACAAAUUCCUGCGAGACGAUCGGUGAUGAAAAUUCAAAUUUUCCCGCCAACCGUGUAGCUCUAGCGGAAUCUUUAGACACUACCAUCGUCCUGAAUGUACGUUAAGGUCCGAUUCGAUCGAGCGAUGAGUCACGGCUCGAAUAAAAAUUUCUGAGCUGCCUGUCGCGAAUAAUAAUUCAUAAUGGAGAACAACGUCACCAUUGACGAUGAAUCGAACAGCAGCGAUGCCUCGACGAGCCUCUUAAAUAUUCUCAUCGACACCGGACAGCAGAACAAUGAUACCAGGAGCGACGAGAGCGAGUUCGAAUACGUGCUUAUUCUAAUAGCUAAAGCUUCGAUAAUGGGAUUCAUAAUUCUCUGCGCGCUCUUCGGCAAUCUACUUGUAAUCGUGUCGGUAAUGAGGCACAGGAAGCUACGAGUGAUUACCAAUUACUUCGUAGUGUCCCUCGCUCUUGCGGACAUGCUCGUGGCCAUUUUUGCCAUGACCUUUAACGCGAGCGUCGAACUAUCUGGCAAGUGGCUCUUUGGUUAUUUCAUGUGCGACGUCUGGAACUCGCUCGACGUAUUCUUCAGCACCGUGUCGAUAUUGCAUCUGUGUUGUAUCAGCGUUGAUCGUUAUUACGCAAUAGUACAACCGCUCGAUUAUCCAUUAAUCAUGACCAACCUAAGACUGGGGACUAUGUUGAGUGUCGUUUGGUGUUCGCCAACUAUCAUGAGCUUCCUACCGAUUUUUGCCGGCUGGUACACAACGCCGGAACACCUUGAGUUCCGUAAGAACUCGCCGGACGUGUGUUCGUUCGAAGUGAAUAAACUUUACGCUGUUAUCAGCUCCAGUAUCAGCUUUUGGGUUCCUGGUAUCAUCAUGAUCGCCAUGUAUUACAAGAUUUAUAGAGAAGCUGAUCGACAGGAGAGGAUCCUUUAUCGAUCUGUCGAUUGUUCCAGGAGCAAAGUGGCGGCCGCUCUGUUGAACAAGCACCUGCAGAUCAACGGGAUUUCAGCGGGCUUAACGUCGCUACCAACGGUAGGACAAUCGUCCCCAGAACCGGUACCGGAUGAGCCGCCAAUAACGAGUAGCAGUAAGAUGAAGAGGGAGCGCAAGGCAGCGAGGACACUUGGAAUCAUCAUGUCUGCCUUUCUGGCAUGUUGGCUCCCCUUUUUCCUAUGGUACAUGAUUACCUCCUUGUGCGACACGUGUCACAGCAAGAGCAUCGUCGUAGCCGCAGUCUUCUGGGUCGGCUACUUCAACAGCGCCCUGAAUCCUCUCAUCUACGCUUACUUCAACCGCGAGUUCCGCGCUGCUUUCCGGAAGACCCUGGAGAGCUGCUGCGAAGCCCUGGGUCCCGUGCGGGACAUGAGGAAAAUUCACAGGAAGCAAGACCUGGUGCACAGCAACGCGUCGUCCGAGCUGCACGUGAAUAAUCAGCUGAGAGCCAGUGAGAUGACGAACGUACAUAUCGAAGCAUGUAUUUAGAGGGAUAAGCUGAAUAUUUAUUAAAAAAAAAAAAAAAAGAAAAAUAAAACUCACUAAUAUUCCUUCGUGUACUGUCGUAGUGACACGAUGAAAUUCCUGAUAAAAAAAAAAAGAGUGUACAAAAAAAUGAAUUCGCUCUGUCGUACUGUACCGUAAGCAUAUAUAGACAUGUAAUUCCGAUACGGACACAGACUCAUCUGCAGAAGGGAGGUGUAUAUGGAAAGGCAAAAAAGUGAGGGCAAAAAAGGGAUUGAGUAAAAAAUAUUGAAGUAACAACAAAAAAAAAAGUAUUCACCAUAUAUAACGCGCGUAGAGAUGCUCAAGAUGUUCGUUUUAACGUGGGUCGAAGGGGGGUGGAAAAAAAAGAUGUAACAUUGGCAGGGAUGCUCCGACAAUGGCAGCCCUGUGAGUGUUGGCUCAAGGCGUCAGGUGCCAAGUUUUCCCUUUCGACUCUCGACCCCAGAACCAGAUGCGCUGGAGAAAUCGAGAGCUUCAGGCAAUUAUCCAGAUGAUAGGAAAAGGCAAUAACACCGACAAGUAUUGAAUGUCCUAUCGAUCGCACCUACGAGGAGAAGCCAGUUACGGCUGCAGUCCAAUAAAAUCCGAGUACGCAAAAUUUAGGCUCGCGCAAGGAUUGCGAGACUUGCCAAAUACCGUAGCAAUAAUUAAGCCCGUGGACAGUAAAAGUUUUCUUUACGACGCACACCCGCGGAUAUUCUCGGAAGGACGUUACAGGAGCCUUGCUCGCCGUGGAUCCUUAUUCCAAGUAUGACCUACCGGACUGAGGCUCGUCCGAUGCGCUCGAUGUGUAACCGCGUGGCAAGUUUUAUUGAGUCCGUAAAUAAAGUUUCCGUCUAGGCUAGAUUGAUGGGAUAGUAAGGUUUUACCGACGUUUGAAAACGGGUACAGUAACGUUGUGGGGCCCCUGGUCGUCGCUUUGCCAUGGAAAUGUCGUUCACGCCCGAAGACCGUUGCAUGCUCGAAAUGUCGUACCAAGGUGGGAGGGAAAAAAAAAAAAAAAAAAAAUUCAAACCGUGAUAAAAAUAUAUUUAACAACAAAAAAAUUAACACACAAAAUUUUUCCCU